AGUUUUGUCGAAUCGUCGUUGAGUGUUGGUGAACGUGUCGCGUGUACGCGUCGUUUGCGUGAAUUUACUAAAAUAAAGUUUGAUGUAUAUUAAUAAAAAUAUAAGUAGUGCGUAGAAAAAUAUGAAAAGUAACCAAACUGCGACAUACCGGGCUGUAUGCACUCGAAUUCAAACAUAUAUACGCUAAUGUAUGUGCGAAUAUCUGGCAAAACGUUUGUAUAAAUAAAUUUCGUAACAUAGACGUAAAUAGUUCUCGGUCUUUCGCGAAGUCGUACUUGACAAGUUUUCACAUUGUACCAAAUCAGCCCAGAGUUACAUUUUGGUUUAUUUUGUGAAACUGUUGUUGAAAAAUUAUAAAGUUGUUUCGAGUUGAUAACAGCGAAAACGAAAAGCAAGCAGUUUCAUUUGUGAAAGCAUUUGGGAUCGCUAGAACAAAGGAAGGAAUACACAAAGCAUAGUUUAGAAUAUAAAUAAAAAUCAGCAAAGCGUUUACAAAAAAUUGUCAAACAAGGUUUUAAAGUAAAAAUAAAAGCAGUGACGGUCUAAUUGCAAAUGAUUAUUUGCAUAGCAUAAUCCGACAUAAUGCAACUUAUGGGUUAAGCUAGUGCAGCACUGGGGGAAUCAAAUUGUGCACGGGCCAACACCAAUGUUUGUCCUUCGGCUUUGGUUUCAAUAUAGUGUUAAAGAAGUAAACAAAAAAUAAAUAAUAAUAAUAAUGUUGUAAAUACAUAAAAAUAUGUAUAUGCAUACAUACUAAUAUUGAGCUAUUAGUAGUAAUCCAGAAAAUGUAUCUUAACGCAAAACCAUUUAUCUUAUAGAUUAAAACGACAUCAGAGAAGUUUUUAAAGUUUUUUAAUUUUAAGUUAAAAUCAGAUUUAAAUAACAAAGAAAAUGAAUAAAUAACGAAGUAAAAUUAUUUAAAAAAAUAUAAAUAAAAGUUUCAACAUCAGCAACGUUGAAAUUUCCAACAAACGAGUUGAAAAAAAACAUCAACGGAGUUCAAAAUUAAAAAAAAAAAGUCACAAAAAAUAACCUAGCAAAUAUAUGAAAAAAAAGAAUUGCCGAUAGCACUGAAAAAUAAAUAAACGUAAAGAAUACGAAUGACGCGUGAAACUGUUGCUGCAGCAACGUUAACAAUCGACGACCAUACAACGACAGCUGACAACAACACAUGUGCGAGUAGAGUAGCCAUAGCACCAGCAACGAUUGCACCUUUGGCACCGAGUGUGAAGCGUGCAAAUCACAGUAGAGGACAUUUGUCGAAAUUUAAUUCGACAACGGCAACAACAUCCAAUUGUUAUAACUCAUACAACCGCGAUAAGACUCGCUCGACCACACUUUUGAAAUCAAUAACGACGAAGCGACGCGGCGGCGAUUUUAUUGUAUUGCAUUAAGUUUGCAAAUAAUUUUUGCAUUGCAUCGGUUAGCGAAUACAAAUGAAAACGUCGCUUGUGAACGCGUUCAAUUUCGACUACUCCAGUCGCCCCGUGUACGAGGGCGAACAACGGCACGUACUUCAAUACGAGCAGCAACAGCUGCAACAGGACCAACUGCAGGCCGAACAAGACGAGCCUCAGCAGCAACAAGAACAGACACAACAACAUCAACGCCAUCAUCAAACGCCGCAUACGAAUCAUCAAGUACAACAACAACAAAAACAACAGACUCGUCAACAGCUUCAGCGAUAUCACGAGAAGCAGUCCGAACCAGAGCAGCAAGAAGAAAAUUCUGCCGCAACCACUUCGACAAUUGUCUACCCAUUCGCAGCGCAUAUAAAGCACUCGCCGUGCGAUUUUGAGGACGCUGAACAACAAAAUCAACAGCAAAAACAUCGGCACAACCGUGCAGGUACAGUCAUCGCUGAAACUAUAGCAGAUAGUAGCGACGACGAUAUAAGCGGUGAUAAUAAUUUGGCGCAGAGUGUAAUUUAUAUUGACGAUAGCGAUCAACCGCUGGAGCAGAGGCAACCGCUGAAAGAGACCAACGGUGAUAACUGUGUCAUCACCAGCAGCAACAGCAACAACAACCACAACAAUAAUAAUAAUAAUAGUAAACUUGCCAUUAAUAACGAGAUAAGUGUAGUUACAUCGACGAGGAGGCAGCAAUCGUCCGCUAUACGCUAUCCCUCCUCCUCCGCUUCGAGCAAAUACCAUCAGACUAAUCAGCAGCAGCAGAGGCAGUCGUUGCAGCAGAAAAUAUCGAGCAAACGCAAGCGUGAAACAGAGUGCAAUUGCGGCUGCGUUGAUUCAUAUACAUCGUUGUCCUCAUACAACGGUUCUGGCGCCGCCUCCAUCUGCUUAAGCAAUAGCAACGAAGCUGUCGGAGUUGGUGUUAUAAGCAGCACGACCGCAGUAGCAGCAACAACUGCUUCAGCGCAAACGGCAUCCAGUAACUCGGAAACGCUGGCAGCGGUAGCGACAACGACGGCGACCAACAGCCUCAAGACGGCGCAUACAAAAGUCGCCACGUCUGGGGGGCACGCCAACACGCAGCCCCCCAGCAAGCGCUCGAGCAGCGGUGCCGACGGUGAUUACCAGCUGGUGCAACAUGAGGUUCUCUAUUCGCUCUCUGCUGAGUAUGAGGUCUUGGAGUUUUUGGGACGUGGCACGUUCGGCCAGGUGGUUAAAUGCUGGAAACGUGGCACGUCGGAGAUUGUGGCUAUUAAGAUCUUAAAGAAUCAUCCGUCAUAUGCACGCCAGGGACAAAUUGAAGUAUCGAUUCUAUCGCGUCUUAGUCAAGAAAAUGCCGACGAGUUUAACUUUGUGCGAGCUUUCGAGUGUUUCCAGCACAAGAAUCACACUUGUUUGGUGUUUGAAAUGCUCGAACAGAAUUUAUAUGAUUUCCUUAAGCAAAAUAAGUUUUCACCGCUACCUUUGAAGUAUAUACGGCCCAUUUUAGAGCAGGUUUUAACGGCGUUGCUAAAAUUAAAGCAACUUGGUUUAAUUCAUGCAGAUUUAAAGCCGGAAAAUAUAAUGUUGGUUGAUCCAGUAAGGCAACCUUAUAGGGUAAAGGUUAUUGAUUUUGGCAGUGCGUCGCACGUCAGCAAAACGGUAUGCAACACUUACUUGCAGUCCCGUUAUUACCGUGCACCUGAAAUUAUUUUAGGUUUGCCAUUUUGUGAGGCAAUCGAUAUGUGGUCGCUGGGUUGUGUGGUGGCCGAGUUGUUCCUGGGCUGGCCCUUAUAUCCGGGCUCAUCUGAAUUCGAUCAAAUAAGGUACAUAUCACAGACACAGGGUCUGCCCACAGAGCACAUGCUGAACAGCGCCUCGAAGACAUCAAAAUUUUUCUAUCGUGACGUCGAUUCGACCUAUCCAUUUUGGCGCUUAAAGACCACCGAAGAACACGAGGCAGAGACUAAUACAAAAAGCAAGGAGGCACGCAAAUAUAUAUUUAACUGCUUAGAUGAUAUUGGUCAGGUAAAUGUUCCAACCGAUUUGGAAGGCGGUCAAUUGUUGGCCGAGAAAACGGAUAGACGCGAGUUUAUUGAUCUGCUAAAGCGUAUGCUAACCAUUGAUCAAGAGCGUCGCCUUACCCCUGCUGAAGCAUUGAAUCACUCCUUUGUACGCCUCACGCACCUAGUUGACUAUGUCUAUUGUAAUAAUGUAAAAGCGUCCGUGCAAAUGAUGGAAGUAUGCCGUCGUGGUGAUUUCCAUACCGUACAGCCAGCUUCUACAUUGGUUACAAAUUUUGUACCCAGCACUACGGAGAAUAUGACGUUUACCAUCAACAAUCAGCUAACCAGUCAAGUGCAGCGUUUGGUGCGUGAACGACCGUUAGCCUAUGAGGGUCUUUAUCAAAUAUACGGCGGCCGUAAUGUCGGUCGUCAAUACACACAGGGCCGCGCCGAUGCGUUCCAACAUCAGUUAAAUAUUUUGUGUCCGUCAUCUUAUCAAACCAUGCCUAGUCCCACCAAGCACGUGGUUGUUGGAAGCGCCACAAUGCAGCCACCAUUGCAAGUUCCUCCACAGCAGUAUGUCAAUGUGCCUGUGCCAGUGUCGAUGGUGGAACCGGCUUCCGGACAACGCAUGUUGCUAACUAAUCGUGUACAAGCAAGCGGUGUGGCUUGGCCGCAGACCGGACGGCAAAUGGCUUUGGUGCCUUCGUGGCAGCAGGCUCCAGCGCAUUCGCUAAUUGUCGAUUCGGCACCAUUUUUGAAUGUUGAGGAGAUUUAUCCUAAACACCAUUUGAAUAUACCCAGAAAUGAUCUCAAAAAGGAGUCGCCAGUGCAACAUUUAGUCACUAAGAGCAACUCGUAUCGUGUGCCUCGCCACGAUAAAAAAGAAAAUAAUCAACUGUCACCUGUUAAGAAGCGAGUAAAAGAGAGUUCACCGCCACACCAGCAGCGCUACAACCGCGCCUCACAUGUUUCGCCGCAGUACCAUAGUCACCACAAUUGCAACUACGGCAGCAACUACAACAGCAAUGCCGGCCCAGUUAUUACUUCGGCAUCGUCUGACAUUGUUAGCCAAAAUAGCAACAAUGGUGGUGGACACCAUCAUCACAGCAGCAAUUCGGCUAAUCAACAGCAUGUCAUCAGCAGCAGCAGCAGCAGCAAUGGUGGUGGUGGUGGCGGCUAUAGCAACAGCAAUCAUCACAUUAUCAACAAUUGCAGCGGCAACAGCAGCGUUGGUGGCAAUUAUCACCAUCAAACACAUCACACACAACAGCAUCAACCGGCUCAACAAGCGGUGCAACAUUCGCACCAACAUCACGGCGCUAUUGUAAAGCAGCAGACAAUUACUAUUCACGACACGCCAUCUCCUUCGGCUGUCAUAACGAUUUCGGAUAGCGAGGAUGAGGGCAAUGAUCCACCCGCCCCAGCACCUGUUGCGCCGGUAAUGAAGCAACGCGCACAUGCGCAGUCGCAAACGAACCCUGCUUUAUUGCAGCACUCGUCAUCGUCCUCGUCGUGUCGUGCCAAUGGCCAUCAGCAUCAGGUGCAGUCGCAGCAGCAACAGCCGCAACAUGUACACCAUCAUCACCAUCAGACGCAUCAGCAGGUCCAGCCGCAACCGCAGCCACAGCCACAACCACAACAGCAGCAGCAAACUCAGCCGCAGCCGCAGCAUCAGCAUCAUACUGCUAACAUCUAUGGUGACAACGACACAGAUGAGGUGCGCCGUCGCGGCAGUCAUGCACACAGCGGUGGCAACAGUCCCAGGCAGCAACAGCACCAUCAACAUCAGCAACAACAACAGCAAUUGCAGUCAUCCUCAUCGCACCAUCAUCAUCAACAACAACAACAACAACAGCAGCAACAUCAGCACCAACAACAACCACAGCAUCAACAACAACAGCAACAGCAACAAUAUCAGCAGCCUGCUCAGCAGCAGCAACAACAACAGCCCAAUAUUAAAUACGAACCGGGGCAAUCGCAGAAAAAGCGCAUCUUGGCCAUGGCCCAGAAUGAGUGCUACAAUAAUGGCGGCAACGGAGUUGGUUGCAGCGGCAGUUUAGGCAAUCAAACCGCUAGUUUGCCGCAUUUGCCAACCAAGCAAGAGCCAGCCGAAUUCUACGAAUAUCCGCCACAGCAGGCCACAUCAGUUGUUGUCGACAACAAGCGUUCUUCAUGGGCAGCCGCAGCCACACAGGCUCCACCGGCCCACCACAAACGUGAGGUCACUUCGACGGCCUCCUCUGCCUCGGCCUAUGUGCAGCAUACGCCUUCAACGGCAGCAGCUGCUCCUCCGUUGGCCCAUUCGAAGAGCUCAUCGUCAGCAGUCGGCGGUGCAGUGGCAGUUGGUGCAGUUUCCGGCGCCGCUGCAGGCCCUCCCUCGUGGGGGGCACCACAAGUAUACCAUCGGCAGCAACAAACUCACACUGCUGUUCAGGUGGUUGCACCAUCGGCGCAACAGCAGCAACAACCGCAACAUCACCAGCAUCAAGCGAAUACACCAAUCGGUGGCUCACCAGCCGCAGCCACUGCAGUAAUGCUUCAGCCGGAUAUCUAUGCACAGGGUGAUAUGUAUCGACGCCCAACAGUCUUUGUGUCGCAGGCGACCCCUACGUAUGCAUACAAUCGUGCCGCAGUGGCGCCACCCCCUGCACAUAACAGCUCGAGCCGUCAGGUAAUACCUUCGCAUCCACUACCCGCCCAUAUACAUUUCCCCACACAGUACAGCCAAUUUGGUCCACUAAGUCCAGCACAAGUUGCCGCCAGCAAGCAUGCGCAUUAUGCACCGACGAACAUAUGGUACGGUGGAGAAUAAACUGGUUUAAAACACUCGAAUCGUUUCUAACUGAUUGUGUUGGCAGCAACGGCAGAUUCACGAACACCAAAUGCGAUACAAAGCACGACAAACACAAUUGUAACAAUAACAACAGUAAUAGUUUAGGCGACUUGCAGCAACAUUUGCAAACAAGCACCCAACUACAACAAAAACAACAAUAUUUUCAAUUACAAGUGUCCAGACGGAACGCGCUGAAUGCUGAAAGCGAACUGGCUGCAGAAGAAACCAACACAACAACAACAACAAUUGAGGAUAAUCAAAAUUUGUCUUUUACACGCUGGUGGUUUAUGCUGAUGCAACAAACCAUCAAUUACAAUUACAGCAACAUAUUGCAACGAACAAACGCUGCAACGGCAGCAGCAACAGCAACAUCUCUACCAGCAGCAUUUUUAGAUGAGCUACUUGGGAACGUAGCAAAUAUAUUUUCAAGUGAAUAAUUGCAACUAUAAAUAUUAAUGCGUCUACUACCACACAGGCAGCGGUAGCUAGCGCACACUACUAAUACCAAAUCAACGCAAUUGCAUAUGGUAGAAAGCGUAUAUAUGUGGAAUUAUAUGCCACUAACUGUAUAUAUAGUAUGUAGAUUUAGAAAGAUGAUAAUACAACAAAAACUUAUUCGACAUGUUGCCGAUGAAUUUACUAUUCACAUAAAUAUGGAAUACGCAGAGGAGUCUCUCAACUACAUGAUAUCUGUAUAAGUUACUUUAACUUAUUAACACACAUACACAUUCACACACUUAUAACCGCAAUAAACCUGGUAAUAGUUGUUUUAGAUGAGCAUAUGUAGAGAAACAGUUAUACAGCAUAGUUUUUUUUUUGUGUACACGGUAAGCAAAAUAUUCAAUAUUUCAUAGAGCGGAAACAAAUAACUCAUAGUUGAAGACACAUACGCAUGCACAUAAUGAUUUUUAAAUAAGAAAACUAUAACAUUUACAUCACUUUCACAUUUAUUAUUACUUUGAAAAAAAAAAAAAGAAAAGUGCGGCAACAUGCAUACAUAUAUAUACCUAAUACAAAUUAUUCUAAUUGUUCUUAACUGCAACUAUUAUUAUAUAAUAUGCAUUACACCUAUUGAUAUUUCGUUUAUUACGUAAGUUUACAACGGCAUAAUUUUGUAAGACGAAAACAACUAUAAGUGAUUAAUGUAACAAUGUACUUUAAAGCAAAAGCAAAAGAAAAAGCAUGGAAAAUGCGCAAAACUAAAAAUAUGUAUGUGUAAGGAAUACACAGUUUAAGAAACCUACCCCUGCAUAUAUUUAACCAUACUAACUAAAUUAGUUAUUAAAAGCAAAAGAAUUUGCUGCUUUAUCAUUAAGCGGCUAUGUAUUAGACUACAUACAACAGAUAUACCUUACAUGUAAAGGGUAUAAAGGAAAAACUUCUUGCUAAAAUAAUUCAAAAUAAUAGACGGGCAAAACAUUUUAGUAAAAAAUGCUUAAUAAUUCUGAAAUAUAAUUAUACAUUGAUAAUGAAGAAUUUUUCAAUAACUCAGCUAAAAUUUGGUUAAACUCACAUGUGUGCAGUACAGCUUUAUGCGCACGCGUGUAGAAAUAUUUACAAAAACGCGAAACGCUCGCGUAGUUUGUGGUUAAAUUAAUAAAAAUAAUUUUAACACUGAAUAAACUUGUAUAUUAUAUUUUCUAUUUCGGCCAAACAAAUUUCUAAAUUUGUUUUGUGGCAUUAUUUUUUAUUGUAAAUUAAUUUUUAUUUUUAAUUCAAGUUAUAACAAAACUUUCACGGUAUUUGCACUGAAUUUAUAAGCAUAUACAAUAAUAGUGUUAAUUGCAUAUGCACAUGUACAAGUAUAAUAAAUUUAUAAAUAAUUA